GUGCGGUGGUGUCGCCGUAGUGCAGCAGUCCAUUCCGAAGCGCGGUGGAGCAGGAAAACGAUCAACGAUGCUCAGCGCCGUUCAGCGCCAUGUACUACGGUCCGCGCCUACAGUCUAGCCUGAGCCGGCGGGCGUGGGCCGCGGCCGAAGUCGGCGGCGUCGUCGACAUGACGAGCGAGGACCCGGCUAAUUCGUCGCCCAGCACGUCGGGCUACUCCACCCCGUGGUCGGCGUCGCUGCAGCGGUCUCAAGCGCGCCGCCGGCUCGACCACCUCGACGACCGCGGAGGCGCGGACGACGAAGACGACGACGAGGACGGAGGCAACAGCACGCCCACUCCGCUGCACCAGCCGGCGGCGCACCAGCGACCCUCCGACGCCGCCGCCGACUCGUGGAGCAGCGGUGCCGACUGGAGGAGCAGCAGGCCCCCGCGCCGGCGUCGUCCCGCGCGUAGCUCGGACCACGAGCGCGGCAGGUCUCCGUCGCACGCGCGCCAGCCCUGGAUCGAGGAGCGCCGCAGCCUGGACGCGUGCGACCCGCACCUGCUCGCCGUCAUGGCGGCUGCCGCGCAGCCUUGGAUCGCCGCCGCUGCGGCCACGUCCUCGCCUCCAGCCACCCCGUGCUGUUGCUCUCCGCCGCCUCAGCAAGUGCACUGCGCUCACGGCUGUGGCUCCCACUCGUGGGCCUCGCAGCAGCAGCAGCAGCGUAGGCGAGGAUGCUGCUGCGGUGGCGGCGUCGCUGGUACGAACUGGACGGCGUCGCUCUGCGGCCGCUGCUUUUCCGAGCCGCAUCCGGCACCUCGUGGCUCGCCCUGCCAGUCUUGGGUCGGCGGGGGGCGUUGCAAGACCCCGGUGUCUGGUGACUAUGGUGAUUUGCAGGAUAAAAUGUCGCACUUGGAAGCAGAGAAGGAAAAUCUGGCCCUGCAGGUGAGCGUGCUGAGUGACCAGUUGGAGCUGCAGAAGGACAAGAUAGCCGAGCUGGAGUCAUCCCUGCUGGACAAGAAGCUCCUGCUCGAACGGACAGAGCAGCUGCUCAAGCAGGAGAUGAUGUUGAAGAAAAAGAUUGAGAAUGACCGGCUUGAGCUGCUGUCCGACGUGCCUGCGCUCAAGCUCAAGCUUGUCACUGCUGAGCGUGAGAAGUCCGAGCUCGAGAGCAAGGUCAAGAAACUUGAGACGGAUGUGGUUCUGCUGCGCUCGCACUUGGCCGAGCGGGAGGCGGAGCUCAUCACCCGAUGUGGCAGGGUCCCAGCCUCUCCUCACCAUGGUUCAGUGUCCUCUGUGGCUGACAGCUUCAGGGCCACACCCACUAAGCUAGGGGCUGACUGGAAGGAGCGUUCACCCGCCCUUGGUGACAGUGACAGGCAGGCACUCCCUGGUGAAGGCUGCCUGCAGGAGAAGCCCCCCAAGUGCCCCUCGCGGAGUGCAUCAGCCACGCUACCAUCAUCACAGUCUGCGCUCCGGUCUAGCACACCACUGCAGCUGUCGCCUCGGCCUAGCAGCGACGAUGGCUCACAUUCGCUCAGCAACGUGCGGCAGUACAGCAACAGCCUGCCCCGCUCGCAUGGCCAGCAGGUGAGGCGCUCCGAAGAAGCUGCUGCUGCUGCUGCUGCUGCUUCUGCGCCAGCCCCGGCGGCAUCGUCGAGGGACGUCUUCCGCAGCCGCAAGAGUUCGACGGGUGUCUCCUUUGGUAAAGGCUUUUUCCGCUUGCGGUCUUCUCGCCGAGCCUGCUCUGCACCCGAACUAGCCCAGCCUGAGCUGGUGGUGGCACGUCCAGGCUGCCAGCUGUACUCGCCUCCCUCGGCAGCCUCCACGCUCAAGCACAGCAAAAGCCGCGGCCUCAAGAAGAUCCUCGGCAGGUUGAGGCGCAGCAACUCGCACACCAUGGACGUGUCGGACAGCUUCCAGCGCGGAGGACUGCGAGCAACUGCCGGACCACGGCUGGGCUGGACACCGGUCACCAUGCAGAAUAACCACUGCUUCACGGACAAGCCCGUAAGUGAAUGGGGUGCCGACAUGAUAGCCCAGUGGCUGGAGCGGCUGGGCCUGGCCGUGUACGGGGACAGCAGCAAGCCCUUCCUGCGGGAUGGCAGCCGCCUCCUCAAGGUCACAGCCUCUGAACUCGAGAAGGAGCUGGGCAUGCGCCACCCACUGCACCGCAAAAAGCUCCUGCUGGCAGUCGAUUGCCUGAGGCCAGAGGCGAGUGAGCUGAGUCGAGCAGCAGCCGCGUUAGAUGCAGCGUGGGUGCUGCGCUGGCUCGACGAUGUGGGCCUACCUCAGUACAAGGAUGCCUUUGCCGAGGCACUCAUCGAUGGAGCCAUGCUGAACGCCCUCACUGUGGACGACCUGCUGCGGCUAAAGGUGACCAACCAGUUCCACCACCUGAGCAUGAAGCGAGGCAUCCAGGUUCUGCGGCUGAAUCGCUUCAAUCCCUCCUGCCUCAAACGGCGCUCACUGCCCGAUGAGUGCAAGCAGUACAGUCCCCUGGAUGUGUCCCUGUGGACCAACCACCGAGUGAUGGAGUGGCUGCGCACGGUGGACCUGUCCGAGUAUGCCCCCAACCUUCGGGGCAGUGGUGUCCAUGGGGCACUCCUGAUCUACGAGGACGGCAUGACGUGGGAGGUGUUCGCAGCCGUGCUGAGCAUCCCGGGCAAUAAGACGUUGCUGCGGCGUCACCUGUCACUCCAGCUGAAGCAGCUGUUGGGACCCCACAUUGUGCAACGCAAGCGGGCAUUGCAGGCCAGCCCCGACCACGUGCCCCUGUCACCCGCCGCAAAAGUCAAGGCUGCCAAAAAGAGCCCCCUGCGCUGGCGACGGGCCAAGGGCGCAGAUGGCUACCUGUGUCCGUUUGAGGCGGACACAUUGGCUGAGGACCUCUCUUCCUGCGACUCAUCAGUGGCAGAUAGCUCCUUCGACGAUUCCUUCUCAUCUUCCUGUCCCCGUGAAAAGGACCCCAAGACAGCUCAGGAAAUCGAAGCUGUGUCCAAUGAAAUUUCUUCAUUCAUGAAACUACAGGAAGUGAAGAACCUGGACAAACUGGCAUCGACCAACAUCUAGCCAACGUCUCUACUCUUGCCCAUACCAAAGCACCUCAUGGCCUUUCUUUUAAUAUAUUCACGCGCAUCGCACUUAGUGAAAGGAUGCACCUAUUUUAUACUGACGUUUUUAAAACUUACUACGAGUAUUGCAAGCGAGAUGCAGAGCUCUGUUGUGACUGCUGUUUCUUUUUUUUUUUCUUUUUUUCUUUAAUGCUGACAUGGAGAUGCCACAGCAUUCAGUGCCAGCUGCAAUGCCUGAACUACGCUGGAGCUGAUUAGAAAUGGCAGUGUGUGCUUCGUGCUUCCAACACAAAUAUGUUUGUGCAAGAACAAAAUGGCAAAUACCUGUCGGCAGGAUUUUAUUUGAAGCAUACGUGUGUUCCUUCAGAUGUGCUUUCGUCCUGUGCAGGUGCCAUACUGAAAGUUGCACUACUCACGCACUGGAUGACUGGUGUGGUAAUGACUGCCACUGUGGUAGACAAAGUUGAUGUUCGCCAACAAGUGUCAGAGAGUGGCCACCCACUUUGUGUGGGCACACUGAAGCACUUGGAAGGAGCAUCGACUUGUCAGAGGCAUCCUUGCUUUGCAUAGAUGGCGGCUGCGUUGCUGUCACCUCGCAUAAUUUCUGUUUUAUCGCCAACUGGCAUCUUGUGUUGGUUGUUUCUCUGCAUUUGUUAGAGCCCACAUGCCCCCCCCCCAAAAAAAAUUUGGGAUGCACAUAUUGCUUUAGCCUCUCGAGCUCUUUCAUGGAGUUUUUCUAGCCUAUAGAGUGUUCUUGUCAUUUAAGUACACUUUUUUUUAUAAAAAAGUGACAGUGCUGCCAACUAGGCUACACUGAGGGCAGCACGAGGGCGGGAGUUAGGUUAUCCUUGUUUGAUCACUUCUGAUCAACAGCUGCUUCCACUUAUUGCUUGACAAGAUGACGAGCAACAUGGCUAACCAGUGACGGGCACCUUAUCAACACAUUGAAGAACUAUACGCUGUGAAAAUGAUGCCAGUGGGAGGCGAGACUUUCGUCACAUAUGCUCCCACUGGACUAACCAAUGAGUGCUCACUUUUAGUGAAAUCCCUGAAAGUGGUUUAUCGAGUGUGCAGUGCUAGGACACACUAUAGGACUGUUCAUCACUAUGCAGGAUGUGCUCAUCACAUGUUUUCUUUUAUUACUGUCAGUGGAGCCUUGGCUCUGGUACAAAGUGAGUGUUAUAGUUUCUUCAUGUAUGCAGCCUUUGAUGUGUGACAUUGUGGAAAGCAAAUUGCACUGCAUAGCUUCAGCAUGGUGCAGAGCCAUGAGAGGUGGUCACUCAGUAUUGCAUAAAAAUUGCAUUUCUUUCACGUUCAAGUGUCAGAAUGCUUAGCAAACUGAAUGAUAAAAAGGUAAUCAAGGUAGUUGAGAUAAGCAAGAGAAACUAUUGCAAUCAUGUAUGCGUACUUUCUUCACUUAGGGAUGCACUGUGCUGAUGCACAUGAUUAUGCACAUUCUACGAGCCUGUACCUUUUGUGGACCUGUUUUCUCCACAUCUGCCUCGUGAAUACAUAGGCAAUGUGACUCCAAUGGGUCUUCCCUGCGUCUUCUCUGGACCCCAAUAAAGUUUGAAUCAUCAUCAUCAUCAUCAUGUGACUCUUAGCUAGCUGAAACAGUAGCAUAUUGUUUAUGGUGCUUGUCAGCUGACCCGAAAAACGCAGGUUUGAUCCUGGCCACAGCAAUCGCAUUUUGUUGGAGGCGAAAUGCUAGAGGCCUGUGUACUUCAAUUGCACAUUAAAGAACCCCCGGUGGCCGAAAUUUCUGGAACCCUCCGCUAUGGCGUGCCUCAUAAUCAUAUCGUGGUUUUGGCACGUAAAAUUCGAGCAAUUAUUAAUAUGACUCGUAUGACUCAAUAUGUACAUCAUUUGCAUGCCUGAUCCUUAGCUAUCUAUCACAAUGUUUCUCUCUUAGCUGUGCAUCUUGUUAAAAACUAUGCAGUGGCAGUUGCUUUUCAUUAAAAGGAACCAAGUAGAGUUCACGCAAUUAUUCUUUGAAUGCUUGAUGACACCGUGCCUGGGAGUUUGAUUGUGUUGUGUUGUCUUUUCUUUUGGUGCCUCUGUCUUGCCGAAUGCUGCAUCAAGUACCACCUCACGUUAUACAUGAGAUGGCUAACCUCAAGUAUUUUCUAUCUGCUGACAUUAGCUCGGCUGCUGUAGUCAGCACCCAAUAUCUCUGUUCCUUUCUCCACUGUUUUUGUCCUGUAGCCAGGCUCGCAUGUUGUAACCAAGGUGAACAAAACACUCAUGCACCGUUUAUCAUUGCAACUUGCUGAGCCGACUUUCACCUUUUAACAUGUCAUAGUUUGGGCAUUAGAGGAAGUGAGGGUUCCUACUUUGCAAAGCAGUCCACUGUGGCAUUGUAUGGGGAGGUUUGAUGACGACUGACCAAUUGCAGUUUUAGCAUUCUUGCUUCACCUCUUUUGCAUGUUGCAUCUAAAUGUUGCUCACAUUUCAUACUAGCUCCAUCUUUUGAACUCGCAGUGUCUCAAGGUUGUGAUGAAAAUCAGAUUACAUGCUGAGGAGAGAAUUCCCCUUUGGUUAUGCAAAUGAGGCCAAAAAAAAAAGAGAGACUUUUACAGUGGCUGUUGAUACUUCCUCGGUGCAGCUCUUGUGUACACCAUAUAGCUUGCUGCAUAGUUGGACAUGCUGAAAUGUCGCUUGAGUGUUGGGCAUUAAGACUCAAUUUCCCAGGUAGUCUUUGUCAAAAGUUUGAGGCACUACAUGGAGCAACAGGACAUGUUGCGAGAUGUGUGGAACUGUGCAAGACAAUAAAGUGAGACGAGCUCAGACUGCCACAAUUUGUGAUGCUCCUAAGCAACAAUAGGGCGUGCAGUCCAUUCGGUUAAGUCAGCCUUGACGCUUUUGACAAGGUGUCCCUCCCAUGGGUUGUUAGAAGUCAGUGUUGUAUGCUGCUGAGCAUGAGGCUGCUGCCUAUUAUUCAUAGCAGCCAAAUGCAUACUAAUUCGUGAUGUAGCGGCCGUAGGCAGAUAGUUCAAGGGGGCAUUGCCCCAAGUAUGCUCGACGCUGUAGAGGCUAAUGCGACCUUGCACACUUUGUGCAUUUGCGAAGAAAACACUACAUGCCUCAUUAUUUGAAUGCACUGUGUAAUUUGGCAUUAGGUUGACUUCAUGCAGUACAGUCACGGUAUAUGAAGCAAUUGGCACGUAUUUAUAAACAUGUAGGCACAGGCUGCACUCACUGUACAUCUACACUGCACCAGCAACGCUCACACCAAAACGUUGCACAAAACAUACAUGAAGCUCGAGGCUUACAAACUGCACGUGGCUUUAUCUGAUGUCAACUCCAUAUCAAGUAGAACUUAUGCGUGGAUGGUCUAGCAUCUUAGACAUACUUGGAACUGUAGGUAUCGUAAAUAAGUAGUGCACCCUUCACAAGAAACGGUGUGUACAACAAGUGUAGAGUCGCACUGUUUAUUAACUGGCAAGGGCCGCUUAUGAAACGUCGUGAAGAACAUGGAUCAUGAGGAAUAUGUUAUGACACCUUAUGUAUGAUGAAAGGCUACUUUACUAUGAAAUAGGCGAGAGUUCUGCGAUUGCACUUCUGCGGCUUCCAGAGUGUUCUUUGCAAAGUAUGCAAAAAAGUUUAGCCGUGGUUGUGUGCACAAUAAAUGCUGCAGCAUACAACAGAGUACAGGUCUUCUAAGAAUGUCCUGCUGGAACUGGUAUCUCCUUAUUCACUAAAGCAGGGUACAGUGCCUUUUGUGAAACUUCCAAACUUGCGCAAAUAAGUUCAUUUUGUGUAGGGACAAGUAAGGCCACCUAUACGUGCAUUCAUGCCACAAUGCUGUAAUGGAGCAUCUUUGACGAAUGUGACAAAUGGUUUUUAGUAAGUGCGCUCAUGAAAAUAUUGGUGCACUGUUUGACUUUAUCACAUGGCAUUUUGAAGCUCUUGGAGAUAAUUGUCCCAAACAAGAAAGGUGCUGUCAAUGCCACCAAGUGCUGCUCAUUUCUGUGCCUUCUUCAGAGCCGUAUUUUUUAUAGCUUUACAUAUACUUGCCUUUGCAACAAAGUCCUUGUGUUUUGUCAGUUGCACCAUUACCUAGGAAGCUGUAUUUAAAAGAUAACAUGACUGUAAUUUGAACUUGUAUGAAGCCUUCUGUGCUGUCACUGCAGUUCUUGUGUUUGUCAACACAGUCCUUCCUGCACUUGGUAUAUUUUUCUUGCUGCUCGCAGGAAUAAACGAGACACUAUGGCAGUGUUGCCAUUCA